AGAAACGCCUCAUUGAAGUCUGGCAUCAAUAAGGUCCCCAGGUUGGCUGAGUAUGGCAAAAAUGGUCCGGAAAUAUACAUGUUGUUGACGGUUACUCUCAGCAGCAAGAAUUUGUGUUUGAUUCUGUAUGUCUUGAGCUGGAAAUGUUUAGUCCUGAACUUGUUGACAAGCCUUAUAUGGUUGCCUAUAUAAAAAUGGAUCUUCCAGAGGAAUAUGAAAAUUGGGAUUCAUUUAAACAAAGCCCACAAGGUCAGGGAAUUGAACCUUUUUGCAUGCAGUGAGUAGAGAAGGCACACUUGAAGUUGUCUCUGCUGGUUAUGAGCUUCUUUCAAAAAGUAAAGAAUCCAAUAAGGAGUUUGAAGGUCAUACUUUUAUAUGGCAGCAUUUGUUUCAUUUUCUAAUUUCUAGAAUAUGCAAUCUUGUUAUGCAUCCCUUGAUGUUCAAUAUUGACUAGUCCAUCUACUUAGCUUUGACAGCACAAGAUCUGAAUAACUUGGCCUGCAUGGUAGAUAAGCAGCCUAGUGCCUCUGUUGAUGAAUUUGAGAUCAUUCAUGACGAUAGUUCAAAUACUUGUUAUGUAAUUUGAGCAGGAUUGCAACAUCUUGUUCAGAUAUAUGGAUUCUCAGAAAAGGUUCCAACACAUCGGUCUCCUAUGAAGCUUGGUGUAAAAGAAGAUAGAGAUGGUGUGGCAUGACUACUCAGGGAAUUCUGUUUCACCAAAUAUGAAGAGAAGAUCGGCAGAAUCUCCCCAGUGGGCUCAGUGGAAGUAAUUUACAUUUAUUUUCUCGGUACAUUGCUGGUAUUAGCUGAUUGUCAAAUUUAGAACACAAAGCGAGGUGGUCCAAGGGAAUUCUGCAUUUACUCUGCUAAAAGCGUUACGAGCUCCUGCUUCCAGUUGGCAGCAACAGAAAUCAACUUGGAAAUUGUGGUAUUUAUGAUGGGACUCUGGAGAAGGUCAGCCUAUUGUGGAUCCAUAACUUGGAGUUGGAGAAAAAGAAAUGUUUGGUGGUGGGGAGAUUGCGUAGCAAAGAAGAAAGAUAAUAUGUUGAGGGUGCAUAUGAAGGAUGAAGGCAAGCAUUAUCUAGAUGCACCCUAGUGACGAGUAUGAAAUUAAUUUUCAAUAUCAAGUUGCAGCGUUAUGCUUUUUUAUAAUUCUCUACAUGAUAAUGUUACCGUGUUAUUGGGGCCAUGAUUGAAAUGUAUCUUUUGAGCAAGAAAAGAGGAGAGAUCCAAUGAAGAAAAAUGAAAACCCUAGUGAAGAAAACAAAAGUUUGAUUCUUUGAUAGGAAGAAGAAGAACAAUGUAGUUGAGAAAAUACAAAAAUUCACAAACAUGAACUCCUUGCUUGCUGCUAAAGUCUCAGAAAAUGUGCCUUUUCCCUACAGAAGCUUUGGGAAAAUAUAUACAGUUUGCUUCGAUAUACUAUGGUUUCUAGCUAUCAAAAGGCAACCAGGUGCUCCAACACCAGAACUUGUUGCUGAGCUCAUUAUGGAGAAUAGUAUGAUCAAUUUGACAGAGAUGCCUCACAUUUUACGUCCUUUUCUUCAGCUUUUGAAAUUUGGGAACAGAAAGACAGAAAGUAACAUGUUUAUGUGCCAGACAGAUACUGCACUAGAUUCAUCAACUAGACUAGAGUUCAAGCAGAGGCUAUCCAUUGCUCUAGGGGCAGCUAAAGAUAAAGCUAGAAGAAUCUGACAAAGGAAAUGCUAGUUUUCAUUUUUGUUAAGGAAAUUUUGUUUCCUUGGUGUAGUUCUAUGCCAUCUGCACAACCUAAAGCCUCCUUUGGUAAAAUAGAAACUUCAAACUGGCCAAUGUCCUUGUUGAUGAGAACUUCAUUGCCAAGGUUGCGGAUGCUGGGGUGUUCAGAAUACUUGAAAAGAUAGAAGAAGUAGGUCCAUCUUGCACAUCUACUGUUGAUGUUUUCCAAGAUCCAGUGUAAAAAUUAAUUUCUUCUGAUUUU